AACCAGCUCGACCAAGACAGACGCUGUCAGCUGCUAGCUAAGUUAGCCGUAGUUAGCAAGUAGCUGCAACUCCUGUGAGCUGGAGUGUGUGUGUCUGCGUGUGUGGAAGAAGUCACUCCUUCUUGCGUGCGAGUGCGUGUGUGGCGGCUGAUGAGAGUGUAUGAAACCCGGAGAUCUACCCAAGCGUGUGCUUUGGUGUGUGUGACUGAGGGCAGAAACAUAAACACACUGUGAGAGUCGACAGUUUACAGUCGGUGUUCGGUUACAGCGGAUUCGCAUCAGUUUCUGAUCCAGUCAGCGGCAGCAUGUUGUUGAGGUUUGUGUCGGCCCAAGGCAGCCUUGGCCUGCUGGCGGUCAGAAGGGCUUGUGUUCUUUCCCGUUCUGCCCACUCUUCAUCGCAGAGCAACUAUCGACCAAUUAAGAAAGUGAUGGUGGCCAACAGAGGUGAGAUUGCAAUCCGUGUGUUCCGGGCCUGCACCGAGCUCGGCAUCAGGACAGUGGCUGUGUACUCGGAGCAGGACACUGGACAGAUGCACAGACAAAAAGCAGAUGAGGCAUACCUGAUUGGAAAAGGUCUCCCACCUGUCGCGGCCUACCUGGACAUCCCUGACAUCAUCAAAGUGGCAAAGGAAAACGACGUUGACGCCAUCCACCCUGGUUAUGGCUUCUUGUCGGAGCGGUCAGAUUUUGCCCAGGCCUGCCAAGAUGCUGGCGUGAUGUUUGUCGGGCCCACACCAGAAACCGUACGCAAGAUGGGAGACAAAGUGGAGGCUCGGUCACUUGCCAUCAGUGCAGGCGUGCCGGUGGUCCCAGGAACAGACUCCCCCAUUUCUUGCCUGCAGGAGGCGCAGGCCUUUGCACAGACUUAUGGAUUCCCAAUCAUCUUCAAAGCAGCGUACGGAGGUGGUGGACGAGGCAUGAGGGUGGUCCGAGAGUAUGAGGAACUGGAGGAGAACUAUCAGCGAGCGUACUCUGAGGCGCUGACGGCGUUUGGAAAUGGAGCCUUGUUUGUGGAGAAGUUUAUUGAGAAGCCGAGACAUAUCGAAGUGCAGAUCCUCGGUGAUAAAUAUGGAAAUGUCAUCCACCUUUACGAGCGAGACUGCUCCAUUCAGCGAAGACACCAAAAGGUUGUUGAGAUUGCACCUGCUUUUCAACUGGACCCCCACCUCAGGGACCGUCUUCACGCAGACUCUGUCAACCUGGCCAAACAGGUUGGCUAUGAGAACGCUGGCACGGUGGAGUUUUUGGUCGAUAAACAUGGGAAACACUAUUUCAUUGAGGUCAACUCUCGUCUCCAAGUGGAACACACGGUCACAGAAGAAAUCACUGAUGUGGACCUGGUGCAUGCUCAGCUGCAUGUGUGCGAGGGGCGAAGCCUGUCCGAUUUAGGCCUGAAACAAGACAAGAUCCGAGUGAAUGGCUGUGCCAUUCAGUGUCGAGUGACCACUGAGGACCCAGCCCGUGGGUUCCAGCCCGACACUGGCAGGAUUGAGGUUUUCCGGAGUGGUGAAGGAAUGGGGAUCCGUCUGGACUCUGCCUCCGCCUUCCAGGGUGCUGUCAUCUCACCGCACUACGACUCCCUGCUGGUCAAAGUCAUCUCAAGUGGAAAGGACCUGCAGACAGCUGCGUCCAAGAUGAGCCGAGCACUAGCUGAGUUCAGAGUUCGUGGGGUCAAGACCAACAUACCUUUCCUCCAGAAUGUACUGUCCAACAAUCAGUUCCUUCACUCCACCGUCGACACUCAGUUUAUUGAUGAGAACCAGGAGCUGUUCAACCUCAAACCCACCCAGAACCGAGCCCAAAAGCUGCUCCACUACCUUGGUCAUGUGAUGGUGAACGGACCAACAACGCCCAUCCCAGUAAAGGCCAAGCCAUCCUCCACCGACCCAGUCAUCCCUCCUGUUACCAUGGGCGACCCUCCGGUUGGGUUUCGUGAUGUGCUUCUCCGCGACGGUCCCGAGGGUUUCGCCAAAGCCAUCCGAGCUCACCAGGGUCUGCUGCUGAUGGACACCACCUUCAGAGAUGCUCACCAGUCGCUCCUGGCCACCAGAGUCCGCACCCACGACCUGAAGAAGAUCUCACCCUUCGUCAGCCACAAUUUCAACAACCUGUUCAGUCUGGAGAACUGGGGAGGAGCUACUUUUGACGUGGCCAUGAGGUUCUUGUCGGAGUGCCCAUGGAAGAGACUGCAGGAGCUUCGAGCCCUCAUCCCCAACAUUCCCUUCCAGAUGCUGUUAAGAGGAGCCAAUGCUGUGGGCUACACCAACUACCCCGACAACGCAGUGUUCAAAUUCUGUGAGGUGGCCAAGGAGAAUGGCAUGGACAUCUUCCGUGUCUUUGAUUCCCUCAACUACCUACCGAAUAUGGUCCUUGGUAUGGAAGCUGCAGGAACAGCAGGGGGCGUGGUGGAAGCCGCCAUCUCUUACACGGGGGACGUGUCUGACCCAACAAGGCAAAAAUACACACUAGAUUAUUACCUGAAACUGGCAGAUGAGCUCAUCAAAGCUGGAACUCACAUCCUGUGCAUCAAGGACAUGGCUGGUCUCCUGAAACCAGAGGCCAGUAAACUUCUAAUCGGAUCUCUUCGGGAUCGCUUCCCUGAUGUGCCAAUCCAUGUUCACACUCACGACACAGCUGGAGCAGGUGUGGCAGCCAUGUUGGCCUGCGCUGAGGCUGGAGCAGAUGUCGUGGAUGUGGCGGUGGAUUCAAUGGCAGGGAUGACCUCGCAGCCCAGUAUGGGAGCCAUUGUGGCCUGUGCUAAAGGGACCAAACAGGAUACUGGAAUCGCUCUCGAGAAGGUGUUUGACUAUAGCGAGUACUGGGAGGUGGCUCGAGGUCUCUAUGCUCCAUUUGACUGCACCGCCACCAUGAAGUCUGGGAAUGCCGACGUCUACGAAAACGAGAUCCCUGGAGGACAGUACACCAACCUGCACUUCCAGGCUCACAGCAUGGGUCUUGGUAACAAGUUCAAGGAGGUGAAGAAGGCCUACACCGAGGCCAACAAGCUGCUCGGAGACCUCAUUAAGGUGACCCCAUCAUCCAAGAUCGUGGGCGACCUGGCACAAUUCAUGGUCCAGAACAACCUGACCAAAGCCGAGGUGGAGGAGAGAGCUGAUGAGCUUUCCUUCCCGCUGUCUGUGGUGGAGUUCCUGCAGGGAUAUGUUGGUAUUCCACAUGGAGGAUUUCCGGAACCGUUCAGAUCGAAGGUGCUCAAGUCACUUCCUCGUAUCGAGGGUCGCCCUGGUGCCUCGCUGCCACCGAUGGACUUCAAGGCCUUAGAAGACGGGCUCAGAGCGGCUCAUGGUGAUGACAUCACACCAGAGGAUGUGAUGUCAGCUGCCAUGUACCCCAAGGUCUUCCAGGAGUUUAAAGAGUUCACCUCUAGCUUCGGCCCAGUUGACUGUCUGAGCACGAGGCUGUUCCUGGAUGGACCCAAGAUUGCAGAGGAGUUUGAGGUGGAGCUGGAGCGAGGGAAGACCCUCCACAUUAAGGCGCUGGCGCUCGGAGACCUGAACAAGGCAGGACAGAGGGAGGUCUUCUUUGAGCUGAACGGCCAGUUGAGAUCUGUGCUGGUGAAGGACACUGUCGCCAUGAAGGAAAUGAAGUUCCAUCCUAAAGCGCAGAAGUCCAUCAAAGGUCAGGUGGGGGCGCCCAUGCCUGGGAAGGUCCUGGAAGUGAAAGUGGAAGUUGGGUCAAAGGUGGAGAAGGGUCAGCCGCUGUGUGUCCUGUCCGCCAUGAAGAUGGAAACGGUGGUCAACUCUCCGAUGUCCGGCACUGUCAAGUCCAUCCACGUGACUCCUGACUCCUCACUGGAGGGCGACGACCUGAUCCUGGAGAUCGAGGAGUAGAGCGGGUCACUGAGGUCAAGUUAGAGGAAUGAAGCGCUACAGGAGCGUUUAUUCCUGACGUCUGGCAACAAGAAUGCGAAAACUAGACCCACAAGUCCAUAGAAAAGGGAAUUUAAAUAUAUCUUUAAUAGUCUGAAUGUCAAACUAAAAGUAGAAUCUCGACAUUCCUUCAUCUAAUGUCCGCGAGGUCAAAGUAGCUUCAUCAAUAAUCACUAUGUUUGCUAUGCUGACAAUGUUGCUGAGUAUCUAACAUAGAUGUGACUUUAUUAUCAUCAGUAAUAUACAAGUCUUUUACGUGGUCAGGAAGGUUUCCAGGGCUCAUCGUCGUUCUUUCAUGCGGCCAGGUUUUCAUGUGCAAAAAGAAAACAUUUCUUUCUCCAGUUACUGACAGCAAACGACACGAACAAAAGCUGUUACAGACUAAAUUCAUUUUCCUCCCCUUUCUGUUCUUUUGGAAAGGUGAUGUGGUAUUUGAGGAAUCACGAACACGAGCGCUCGGCCAGGUAGCUUCAGGUCACGCGGAGGGUCGCGGCAGGGUUAAUCUUCAUCUCACAAUUCUAAUUUUAAAAAAGCACAAUAAACAGCACCACUCAGAUGUUCAUAAGCACAAAGUGAGGAUGGUUCUGAACUUCAAAAGUUAAGCCGUUACGCGCCUCCUUUAAAGGAGAGGCCGUCUCACGGCGUCCACCCCGGGAUUCCAAUGUGAGCCAUUAAUGGGAUUACGAGCACAAGCGGUGUUAUUUUCUGCAGAUUAAUUUCUGAAGUCUUUGUCAAGUGAUGUGAAAUUAUCUGCAUAAAUUGGAGAGACUCUGGAGAGUUGCGGCACUUGAUGAUGAAUGAGACAACAGGCGGGACGCUUCACCUCCGGAACGCUUCCCUGACAACCGCGUUACCGUGGCAACGCCACAUCCAACAGCACUUCCACUCCAGCGUUGGGUGACUCACAGAUAUGAAUGUUUUUUUGGGGGUCACUUGAUCGUGUAAUUAAGAGAAGAGAACAGUGAAUCCAACGUAAAAGUAUUUUUCUAUGGUUUGAUCUAUGCAAGUCUGACAGGUGGUGACCACAGCACGUGUCUUGGCCCACUGGAAACAAACAAAAUCCAGUCUCUCCAUCCAGUUGUGUUUGAGUUUGGACUCUGGCAGUGAAACACUUCUGCUGGUCACUGAUCGGCUCAUCUUUUACACAUGUUCCAAAUUGUCUCCUGAAACUAAAAGUGCUGAGAUUGUAUUGUUGCUGUGAAACACGAUAAUAUCUGCCCCAACAAUCCUUGUUUACUAUGGUUUCGGUCACUUUCCUCCUCCUUCGUUAACGUCGGCUGGAUUUAUGCAAUAAUGUCGUCUGAUUCGUUUGUUACUGCUUCGCAAACCAAGGUCUUCUUGGCUCCAGACAUCCUGUGAGGUUGUAUUCCAUCUGAUGAGGUUCCAAUUCAUCGCAGACAUUCACUGAAUAAUCUACAGUCGACCACGUCAGUGGUAGUGGAUGAAUCGGCGCUUAGUUUACAUGUCUGUGUUCCUGAGAGUCUUACUGAGAAAGAUGGAGAAAUAACAAAGUGAUUGUUCUGUCUGUACUUAUAAUAAAAUAAAGUUUAACUUGAAUAUUC